UCUCUCCACUCAGUCGUGGUGCAAGCAGCCAUGUUGCCGUGAGCUUGUUCCGGUAUCAGGGCAGGAUCGUGCGCACAGACGGCAUUCGGGCACAGCUCAUCGCCUUCUGCCUCUCCCGCCCCUGACACGCAUCUCCGAACAAGAAAAUCCAACUUCUCCAAUAAUGGAUUGUACAACCUGAUGAUUCCGUCUUCGGGUGGCUGGGAUAAUAGUCGGCGUACCGACUGGACGAGCUGGUAUAUAGCUACACUGCAGUGCAGCACUGGUGGACGACCUUAUUCCGAUCACGCAACAUAAGAAGGAUUUCUGCGGUUUCCGUGGAUUUGGAGUUUUUGCGGGUCGCUGUGUGGCAGUCGCCGCCGCUGCGGUCGCCGGGGAUCAGCUAACCAGUUAGCCUUGCCUUGUAAAAGGACCGCUAAAUUGGCUAGCUACAUGGGCUAAAACCGUCAAACCAGUUAGCCAGCGCAACAAAUUAAUUUGGGGCUCUAAACCUACUAUGCUGCCACUUUCCAAAUUUCUAUCUUUAUUUUUCAAAGCCAUUGCUUCGGGAAUUUAACUUGGAAUAUUUCAAUUGUUUUCCAGACUUGGGAAGGUCGAGACGUGACCGGGAAUAACUUUGGCCUGAAAGUUUGUAGACACCGAACCUGGCUUCGAACCUAAGGAAACGUCUGAGCCACAAAUAAGUCAGACAGACGGACGACGUAGUUUUGUUUUUGAAACAUAAAAUAUAUACAUAAUUACAAACAUAUAUAUGUAUAUACAUGCUUUAUGAUAAUUGGGGCCUUAAUCGGACAGUUGGCUACCUUUAGGUUAGCGUGUUAGCCACCUAAUUGUACCUUCAACUCAACCGUUGCCCAACUUUUUUUCUUUCCUUUUCAAGAUAGCAUAGGUGGCUAGCUGGUUCGACCAUCAAAAGAAAAAGAUAUUAAACCCUAUAGCACUGUCUGUUCAAUUCUGAACACAGUUUGAAUGGUUUUAGAUACCCGCUAAACUGGAAACCUUUUGAUUAUCUUGUUUUUGUUCGUUAAGAAACAUGGGACUAUCAGUCGCUAGUACUAGCUAGUUUCUUCUAGCUAGCCGGCUAACUCCUAGCCUCGGAUGAGGACUGGACUUGUUGAUUCUCGGGGAUAUCUGUCAUUCUUCUGGCUGGAUAACACUGCACAUCUGUCGGACGUUUCCCUCUAUCAUCAACUCCACGGGUGUUAGAUGAACAAGAGACACUGACAGAUCUUUAUAUUGCCUCGCUAUUUUUUUCUUCCAUCUUUUUAGAGCCCCCAAAGUCUUUAAAACAUGUCAAGGGUCCCGCUGUUGCAAGUCAUUGAAAACUCGACGGGGCAGGAGCAAAAAUCCUCGUCCGGCCGACACAGCAUGUCACGAUGCCGAAACUCCGUGGCCACGACCACAUCAGAUGAGCAGCCACAUAUCGGCCAAUACCGGUUGCUGAAAACCAUCGGCAAGGGCAACUUUGCUAAAGUCAAACUGGCUCGACAUGUUCUCACUGGAAAAGAGGUGGCCGUAAAGAUCAUAGAUAAGACGCAGCUCAACUCAUCCAGUUUGCAAAAGCUCUUUCGGGAGGUGAGAAUCAUGAAAUUGUUGAAUCAUCCCAACAUAGUCAAGCUUUUUGAGGUGAUAGAGACGGACAAGACUCUGUACCUGGUAAUGGAGUAUGCUAGUGGAGGAGAGGUCUUUGAUUACCUGGUGGCCCACGGAAGAAUGAAGGAAAAAGAAGCCCGUGCCAAAUUCAGACAGAUCGUGUCGGCCGUGCAGUAUUGCCACCAGAAGUGUAUAGUGCACAGGGACCUUAAGGCAGAGAACCUGCUGCUAGACGCGGAGAUGAACAUCAAGAUAGCGGACUUUGGUUUCAGUAAUGAGUUUACUCUGGGGAACAAGCUGGACACAUUCUGUGGAUCUCCACCCUAUGCAGCCCCAGAACUCUUCCAGGGCAAGAAGUACGACGGGCCUGAGGUGGAUGUCUGGAGUCUGGGAGUGAUCCUCUACACGCUGGUCAGUGGCUCGCUGCCCUUUGAUGGACAAAACCUUAAGGAGCUGAGGGAGCGAGUGCUGCGCGGUAAAUACAGGAUUCCUUUCUACAUGUCCACCGACUGCGAGAACCUGCUUAAAAAAUUUCUGAUCCUGAACCCUUCCAAAAGAGGCAGCCUGGAGCAGCAGAUUAUGAGGGACCGAUGGAUGAAUGUGGGCUAUGAGGAAGAGGAACUCAAGCCCUACAUUGAACCUCAGCCAGAUUAUAAAGACCCCAGAAGGACAGACGUUAUGCUUCAAAUGGGAUAUUCUCAAGAGGAGAUCAAAGAUUCGCUUGUGAACCAGAAGUACAACGAGGUGAUGGCCACGUACCUGCUUCUGGACUACAAGAACUCUGAGCUUGAAGAAGGUUGUAUCAAACCACGGCCAGGAAGUGAUGCAAGCACCAUCAACGCCUCCUCUCCAUCUCACAAGGUACAACGCAGCGUAUCUUCCAACCAGAAGGCUCAGAGCCGCAGACCCACCGAUCAGGUGUCCUCCUAUUCCAAGAGAGGAGGUCCCGGGGAUAGUCGGUCUGCAGCGGAGGAUUCUGGGAAGAAAAGUGUAUCAGGCAGCUCCACGACCAAGGUGCCAGCCAGCCCUCUGGUGUCUUCAGACCGCAAGAAGAGCGCCACGCCUUCCACUAAUAGCAUCCUUUCCACUGGUACCAGUCGCAGUCGGAACUCUCCGCUGACUGACAGAGCCACGCUCGGCCAGGGUAUCCAGAACGGCAAGGACAGCCUAAACACUCCGGGCUCCCGAGCCUCCACUGCCUCAGCUGCUGCCGUCCUCUCCUCCUCCUCCUCCUCUUCGCGUCCCCGCCACUACAAGUCCUUGUCCUCCUCCAACCAUCCAUGCCAAUCUGACCUGCACGCACCACGGCCCAGUGGGGCGCCGCAGCGGGCGCCCGUCGCCUCCCCGUCUGCCCACAACAUCAGCAGCGCGGCUGUGUCGGACCGAACCAACUUCUCCAGAGGGGGAGUCCGCAGCACGUUCCACGCCGGCCAGCAGCGGGGCGCACGGGACCAGCAGGGCUCCACCUACACCGGCGGCCCGGCCUCCCCGUCUCUGUCACACGGCAACAGCCAGGCCCGCAGGACGCACGGGGCGACCGGGAUUUUCAGCAAGUUCACAUCCAAGUUUGUACGCAAAAAUCUCUCGUUCAGGUUUCCCAGAAGUCCUUAUGAGGGAGAGGGUCGGGAUGAGGGGAGCAGGUCUGUGCUGACCAGUACUGUGAACAAGUCGGAGAAGACCUCCGCCGGCGGCUUCUCCUCCUCUUCCAACAACGAUGAGAACAACUCCUCGCCUGGAUCUGGCAACACAGGUGGCACAGGCACCCCUCCUGCCAACGCCAGCCAGAAGGACUCGGCGAAGCCGCGCUCGCUGCGCUUCACCUGGUCCAUGAAGACCACUUCGUCCAUGGAGCCCGCGGAGAUGAUGCGCGAGAUCCGCAAAGUGCUGGACUCCAACAACUGCGACUACGACGAGCGCGAGCGCUACAUGCUGCUGUGCACGUCCAGCGACCCGCACAACUUUGUGCAGUGGGAGAUGGAGGUGUGCAAGCUGCCGCGGCUCUCCCUCAACGGCGUGCGCUUCAAGCGCAUCUCGGGCACCUCGAUUGCCUUCAAGAACAUCGCCUCAAAGAUCGCCAACGAGCUCAAACUGUGAGUGCGGCCGGCAGCAGAGAGCGGAGGGCUUUGAGAACGAUGCCGGACGUGGGACCGGGGGAACAACAAAGGUGGAGGUCGGCUAAAAAAAAUAAUGACUCUGUUGACAUCUAGUGGAGUUUGAAGGAGGACGAGGAAGCGUUUCUGCCCCGCACUCUGACACUCGGAGCUCUUCUGAAUUGUGAAGUACAGACCGAGGUCUUCUCUCUUCCCUUUGGGGGUUUUUUUUUCUGUCACCUUCUAUCUACUUAGACGUUCCACUCUGCUGCAUGCCCCACCUUUCCGUUCUCCUUUUUCAAGCCCCACUCCUAACCACUCCUGUCGUUUAUUUCCUCCUAUUUAUUCAGUUUCUCUGCACAGUCCUGCUGCCAGGUCUCUGGGAGGUGAAAAUGGGGGGUUAGAUGAAGGGGUGAGGUGGGCAGACGAACUCUGGGAAGAGGGGACAAAGGUGUGUCUUUGAAGCCUUAUUUUUGCUGGUAUUUGUUAAGGAAUUCUGAUUCAAUGCGAAACCGAACGGACCCCCGCUGAGCCAGGACACUUUUGGACGAACAAAGCGGCGUCUGUGGACCGUCCCUCCACCGCUCUCCCUCCUCAUCCUCCCCUCUGCCUUCUCAGCACAAAUUCACCCAAUCUUCUCACUCCUUUUUUUUUUUUUUUUUUAAUUACCUUGGCUCAAUGGUUGCCAAUCUGAGAGUUUUUUUUUCUCUAUUGGUUACUACUUUUACGUUCUUUUUUGUUUUAAGAGUUGUGCACUGGAACAAGAGCGGCAAAUUUGAACCCAUGGAGGGUCAGGACACUUCAUGGACCAGAUAGUUGAAGAAUUUAAUGUUGCCUUUCUUUGAAGAAUUAAAAUUAGGAGUUUGUGUUUUUCUCGUCAGCACAUGAAAUGAUUUCUUUGUACCGUUUUCUUUCUUGGCAUCCUGCCUUCAUAUCACCCCCUCCCCUCCCCGCUGUACUCUGUUACACGCUCCCAAAGAGGAACCACAGAGAAAGGUGUUGUAACAGUGUGUGUGAGUGAAUAAUGUAAGAUCACUGGAGAAAUGAACAACCAGGAUCUCUACUUUUGAUUUGAUAAUAUAUUUUUUGCGGCUGGAGGUUUGUAUAGAAUCGGAUUGUCUGACGGGAAGUGGACGGUUUCAUUGCUGCCUUUAUUAUUUUUUUUGGUGUAUGCAUUUAACUUCUACGCACAACCCUCCUCCCCGUUCUUCCGGAUCGCAGAAUGGUCGACGUGAUGAUUCCUCCGUCUCACUCGUCUUUUUAUUUUUUGCCUGGAGGAAAAGCCUUGUUUGGUCCAGAACAGCUCCCCAAAUGCUACGGAGAAAAGUUUCUCUCUGCCUUUCUCGGAAAGGUCCCGUCAGCCGACGUCACGCUUUCUUUUCUCCUUUGUACUUCAGUUUGGAAUCUGUCAGAAGUUGGAUCAUUGUAUUAAGGUGCUGGGUAUUGGAUUUGAUUUAUUAUUCUGGCUGUUGCUGUUCUCUUCUCUCUUUCAGGGUUGAUUUUAUUUGACAUUCUUUCGUUUUACAUUGCUGUAAUUUACAAUGAUUUUAAAUGUGUUGAGCAUACUGUAACUGUAGUGGUGGGUUUUUGGGGUUGGGAGGGGUGAUCAACUCCUUUGAAAAGUGUAUUUUUUUUUGUUUUGUUUUUUUUUGUGCAAAAACAAAACGAUGGAAAGUUACAAUGAUAGUAAUAAAAACAAUGAUAUAAAUAAUGAUG